AUGCUGGGCUAUCCGGCGCGGCUCCUGUUCGGCGACGACAGAGCCAAGACCGACUUCAAGGAGUCAAAAGAUACUGGCAUUCCGCGCCUCUAUACGGAACGGCACAUUUCUGCUGCUGACCACCGAUACUGGGUCCAAUUUACGACGCUUUUUGAGUCUACAGAAGAUGUGUGCGGCACCCUAAGUAUCGCAGAGCUACGUCGGACUGCUGAAAAGGCACCAGAGAACCUGGUAACGCUGGUAGAAGUACUUGCCAUGCACCUAGAAAGCUUGGUCGACGAUACGCAUUUUGCGCCAAUGCCGGAGCACAAUCCAGGCGGCUUCAGUGCCCUGUUCGCUAGUACGGCCCCGCCACCGCGCGCGGACAAUCGGGACAGGACGCGCGAAGCGCUGAACUGCUGCCGAGUUCUCACGCGCGCCAUCCCGAUCGUGUACGAAAGUGAUACGGGGCCCCGGGACGAUUCGGACAUUGACAACCUGGAGAAGCGCACUUUGUGGACGCCUCAGACUCGCGUGCGCCCGAGCCGCUCAAACAGCGAGCAGCAGCCAGCGGAAAAGAAGGAGAAUGUUUCUGCUCAGGACGACAGCAAGUCGGCCAGCGAUCAAUUUAUUAUUGCUGACGGCGACGAAUCCGUUUCGGACGUCAAGAGCGACCUUGUGCAGGAUCCUUUGACGCGCCAGGAUACAAUGGCGAGUACCGAGUCGAGUUUUCAGGUGACAACGGGCCACGCUCUGCUCAACACGAUCGUCGAGCUUUUAUUCCAUGCGGGCUUUACGAUGCCGUGGACGGACGAGCAGCUGUCGUCGACCAUUGGGCCCGAGAUCAGCCGCGUGCACUUUACCAUUUGGGAAGCAGGUAUCGGAUGCUCUGUUGAUCUGAAAGACACGACGCCGACCCACAUUGAGCAUCGCAUUGAAGUGCUGCGCCUGCUGGUCACCUUGCUCUCCAAGCCGAUCUAUACGGCGCCGCAGGACCAGAGCACUACAGGGCAGCCUGCUAUCGACUACAUUGCGUGCUCUCUGGAGCGCCCUGUUGUGCUCUCAUUCUUGUGCAGUCUACUUAACACUGUCGCAAACUACCGUCAGGGUGACCGAUGGACCUUUUUGUCCGCGAGCGGCGAUCCGGUGCGCGAUUCGCUCACGUCGCUGUGUCUGCAGACGCUGUGUGCAGUGCUCACCUAUGAGCCGAGGGAUCUGAAUGCAGAGACGCCGAAUUUGUUCCUGUAUUACCUGACGAAGCUGUAUCGCCAGACCGACUUCGCCUUCUUGGCGACGGGCACAGCCAAAAUGUUCCAGACAGCGAUCGCUAACACGCGCGGGCCUUUUGAACUGGGAAGUACUACUGGCAGUAUGUUUGUAAAGUCAAGCGAAGAGCACGUCUCUGAGCUGUUGGUCGUCAUCUGGAUCCUACUGCGGCACAACCCGCAUUUCCGCCAGUACAUGGUUGGAAACAGGCAGCUGAGCCUUGACAUGUUUUCCUGGCUCUUGUAUGUCGCUCUUACAAACAAGGAUUCUCCGCCGACGCUGGUCCAGGCCCAGCUUGCGAUCUUUAUUUUGCAAGACCUUACGUCGGAUCGUACUUUCUGUAUCCAGCUGACGACUUCGCAGAGUGCAGCGGAUAUGACCGUCCCUUCACGGCUGCUGCGCUCGCAUGGCGCCGUGGCGAUGGAUAUGGUGAUUGAGGCUGUAUUCAUGCUUUUGACCAGGAGUGCAGGGCUCAUGGCGCCAUUGUACCCCGCGCUGCUGCUGAUCCUCGACAACACGGCGCCCUUCUGGCGCAACCUGUCGCUAAUUUCUGCAGCGCGUCUCGAGCAGAUGCUGGAGCAAUUUGCCUCGCCGCGCUUCUUGCUUGCCAAUGAAGGCAACCCCAGGAUGCUUGGUAUUCUCCUCGACACCUUUUCACGCAUGCUGAAAGAGCAGUACUCUACGAAUGCAAACGUCGUGUAUAUCUUGGUGCGGGCCGCACCGAUAAUUGAGCGGCUGGAAUCGUUCUCGCUCAACGGUGCGCUAGAGAGUUUGUACCGGCUCCGCGAGCGCGCAAGCACUGAUGGGCGCAUCUCGCUGGAGAGUCCGCGUGAGAUGCCUGCUGCAAGCCCGGUGCAGGAUUCUGUAAAUGUGGCCGACAAGGAGACAAAGGAGGAGGCGGUGAAGGAGCCCACCGAGUCGGCCAAGGAGACCCAGGAGGCUAAUACACUCCAGGAUGGCAAGGACGGCCAGGAGGGUGACAAGGAGGCUGUCAAAGAGGAUGUCAAUGAGGAUGUUAAGGAGGAUUCCAAGGAGGACUCUGAGGAGGAUUCCGGGCAUGUCAAAGACACGAAAGGCAUCAAGGAUGCCAAGGAUGCCAAGGAUGCCAAGACAGAUGGUACCGACGCGAACAAGGAUGUCCUGACCGAUCCUCUUUCCAAGCUGACCACCGAGGACGAGCCGCCAUCGGCGUCCAUUGAGGAGCCCAAGACAGAGCCUGCGGCCGCUUCGUCGUCCUCUGCCGAGCCUCCCGCCCCCGUCGCCAAGGACAAAGCGGCUGAUGCCCCCGUCGGCGUAGACGCGAUGCCGCCGACGCCCCCGCCCAAGCUCAGCCAAGAGCAGCUGGAUGCUGUGGCGCGCUCUGUCGGCAAGAACGGCUUCGUCCCUACUGCUGCCUGGGUCGAUGCCUGGCGCAGUUCGCUGGAUCUGAGUGUGCUCAAAGCGGCGUUGACCGAGUUGGUCCCCCGUGUGAAUGCAUACUGUGCUGACCCGGCUGUUGCCAACAGUGCCAAUGCCGACGAAAAGCUCUUGGCCUUUUUGCGCGAGCAGACGUUGACCGGCGUGCUUCCCGCCUCGGGCGAAUUGCGUACGUCUCCCUGCUAA